AAUCCAUUAGUCGUCUUGUAAAUUCUUCGAAUCUGAAAUCUGAUCGGGCUCGCCGCUUGUUCUGAUUUCUGAUUGCUAGGACAUGGAUGGAAACAAAGACGAUGCGUUGAAGUGCUUGAAAAUCUGCAAAAAUGCUAUGGAAGCUGGAGAUCGACCUCGCGCUUUGAAAUUCCUGGCUAAAGCUCGUCGUCUUGAUCCGAAUCUCCCGAUCGAUGAUCUCGUAUCUGAGCUUAAUGACAACAAAUCAGACGAAUCAGGAUCUGCAAAAUCGCCUGGAUCUGCAACCGCAAAAGAUCCGCCUAAUUCUUCAGAUCGGCCUUCUUUACGCCAACGUGGAUCGUCGUCAUCGUCUUCUACCAUGUCUUACACUGAAGAACAGAUCUCAAUCGUGAGAAAGAUAAAAUCGAAGAAGGAUUAUUACGAGAUCUUAGGUCUUGAAUCCAACUGUUCAGUGGAUGAUGUGAGGAAAGCUUAUCGGAAACUCUCAUUGAAAGUUCAUCCUGAUAAGAAUCAAGCUCCUGGUUCAGAAGAAGCUUUCAAAUCCGUCUCCAAGGCCUUUCAAUGCUUAAGCAAUGAGGAAGCUAGGAAAAAAUACGAUGUUAGUGGUUCCGAUGAACCAAUCUAUCAACCACGUCGAUCUGCUAGAAGUAAUGGAUUCAAUGGUGGAUACUAUUACGAAGACGAAUUCGAUCCCAACGAGAUUUUCCGAAGCUUCUUUGGUGGAGGAGGAUUCGGUGGAGGAGGAAUGCCUCCUGCGACUGCUCAAUUCCGAUCAUUCAAUUUCGGAGCUACUCGUCAUAGAACAGCUAAUAACAAUCAAGCUCCUGAUGCAGGUUUCAAUGCUCGUAUACUUCUCCAGCUUCUUCCUGUUGUGUUCAUACUUCUGCUCAACUUCAUACCUUCUUCUCAACCAGUUUACCAACUCUCUGCAACUUAUCCUUACCAUUACAAGUUCACUACACAGAAAGGUGUCAAUUACUUUGUGAAAUCAUCUAAAUUCGAGCAGGAUUACCCACAAGAUAGCAACGAUCGACACACUCUGGAAGAACAAGUUGAGAGAGAUUAUGUGUCUAUACUUAGUCAGAAUUGUAGGUACGAGCUGCAGAGGAAACAAUGGGGAUUUGUUCGUGAAACGCCUCAUUGUGACAUGAUGAGGAGAUUUGAUACAGCUGCUGCUUAAAACAACUGAAGCUAGUAGUACCAAGAACGAGGCACACAUUGGUAAUGAAUGAUCAGCUUAUAAACAUUUAUCAUGUCA